AUGGAAAAAUCCAACUCCCCUCGUGUUCUCUCCGGCUCCGAUUCCCGUGUGUCCUCCGUCGUGUUCUCUCCGGCGAAUCCUUCCUCCUUCCUUCUUCCUCCUUCCUCUUUCCUCUUUCCUCUGAGAAUAUCAAGUUUAGGAGGAGGGCUUGGGUUGAUGAUGGGUUUGUUCUUGGGAGCAUUAGAUUAUCCUAUAAUGCAUGAUACCAUGACUGGUAAGCAGCAGUUUAUUUUCACUGCUAAACAAAUGGGGCAAAGGAGUUGGAGUUCUUGCAAAACUUUUGCUGUUAUGGGUUUGGUUUUCUACGCUGCUGAAUGCAUUAUCGAGAAGGCAAGGGCGAAGCAUGACACAACCAACACCGCUUUUGCUAGAUGUGUGACCAGUGGCUCGAUGUCUGCCAGAGGCGGGCCAAAAGCUGCGUGUAUAGGUUGUGCGGGCUUUGCAACUUUCUCUGUACUGAUAGAGAAGUUCUUCGACAGGCAUACGUAA